AUGGCCGCCGGCAAGCCCACCGCGUGCAAGGAGGCCAUCCGUCGGUGGGAGGAGGAGACGGGCGGCGACGCCGCCACCGCGACGGAGGUCGACCUGAGCUUCCAGUGGCCCCCCCUCGAGAAGAUGGACAACGCCCUCGCGACCCUCGCCGGCUGCGAGAGGCUCUCGCUCUCGACCAACCGCAUCGAGAAGAUCGCCGGCGUGGCCGCCCUCGGCCGGCUCAAGGUGCUCUCCCUGGGCCGCAACUCCAUCAAGAGUCUGGCCGGCCUGGAGCCGUUGGGCGACACGCUCGAGGAGCUCUGGAUCUCGUACAACUGUCUGGAAAAGCUCAAGGGGAUCCAGGCGAUGCAGAAGCUGCGCGUCUUCUACGCGUCCAACAACCAGCUACGCGAGUGGGCCGAGGUGGUCCGUCUGCAGGACCUGCCGCGCCUGCGCGACCUGGUGCUCGCCGGCAACCCGAUCUGCGAGGGCGUCGAGGUGGAGGCUUGGAGGGCCGAGGUGGCGCGCCGGCUGCCGCUGCUGGACAAGCUGGACGGCGACCCGGUGCUCCGGGACGAGGACGGGCCGCUGGUCCGGGAGUCGCGCCCCGAGUGA